AGUCCGAGCGGGUACGAAAAAAAAUAACUGCUGCUGCUGCAAUGCCCAACCAAACCCAACCAUUGACCGCGAGUGCACAUUUCUACCCAAUGCCCUUGGAUCGUCGUCACUUGCAUUCCCACAGCGCCUAGAACCUGCCAGUUGGCAUACUAUUCUUCCUCGUCCUAGGGCAACGCUUUUGGCUCGCAGCACGUGGGUCCAGACUCGCCAGCGAACACACCCACUGUCACCAUCGUGCAUGCCCGUCUGAAGCACGCACACGCGCACAAGGUCACCAGCAGAACGCAAGUACGCAAUACACCAACCAAGAUGGCAUUUGCAGACAGUGCGCAGCGUGUUCCUGCCUGGAAGAGGCUGGGUCUUGCAUUGAAGCAGUCUGGCAAUUCCUCUCCCACUGGUGCCCCUGCAUCUGAACCUGCAUAUGGCAGUUCGGCGCUCGUUGGGCAUCCAGGUGGCUCGACUGGGCACAAAAGGAAAGGCGAAGCCCCGCCGUCAUCGCACGGCGACGGUAGCAGCCCUCUUAAAAAGGCUCGAAGGGACGAGAAGUCAACAUCAUCCAUAAUUCAGAAUGCUGCUACUCCGUCCUCCACCAAUAAACCAAAGAAGUCCGUCAAGUUUGGUGAUACACCAUCCAAGAACGACGCCACCGACAAACAACAAACACCCUCCAAGAAGAGCAAGCCCGACACGCCCAAGAAGAGCAAAGGCCCCGCGAAGAAGAGCAAGACCCCGCCGACCACCGACGUCAAGCCUGCGCUGGAAUACCUGAGACAGUGGAAGACAUCAAGGGAGAGCUGGAAAUUCAACAAGAACCACCAGUCGACCCUCAUCAAACACAUCUUCGAACCCAACGUCAUUCCUAUCUCUGACAUUGAUACCCUCGUCGAAUAUCUCUCGGACCUCAAGGGCUUCGUUCGUACUCGCCUGAGGGAGACCGCCAUGGAAGUCCAAAUGCAGGACGUGGCCGAUGGGUCGGCCGGCUUUGGUGAAGACGUUAUGGACGUGGACGACAAACAAGAGACAUAUGACGCCAUCCUCGCCGACAUUUUCCGAAGGAAGCGCGAGCAGAGCGGGAAACGAAAAUACUACAACGAGGCACAAUUCGUCAGUGAGAAUCAGGAUGGAGAGGUCAUCAUGCGCCGGCUGGUGAAGCGCAUGCGGGCCGAGAUGAUCAUCGACGAGCUGUCGGAUGACGGCGAGGCAACCGACUCGACUUCGACGACUGCCUCGUCGUCCAAGACCGUCACCAACAGCGACACAAACGCUACCGUCACAACGAGCAGUGAGAAGGAGCAGCAAGAAGCUCCUAAGAAGCUCGCAGAGACAACAAGUCGACGACGAAGGAAGCUGCGGACCAUGCAGGACGACAGCAGCAGCAGCGACUCCUCAUCAGAGGAGGAAUCGGAUGGCAGCAGCAGCGAUAGCUCCUCGGAUGACUCUGAUAGCGACGAUGAGGAUGCUCGUCCCGGCGACAACGGGGAAACUUCGAGCAGCUCGUCUUCCUCGUCCUCCUCAUCGGAGGGCGAGGGGGCGGACUCGGAUUCAGAUGAUAGCGAUGAGGAGCUCUGAUGACGGUGCACGGUUCAAUUUACGGGUCAUGGUUUUGGGUUUUCAGAGAGCAUUUACAUUGUACCAUAGUACAAAUGGCCACAUGGGUUGGAUUUUAGACAUAGAUACCCCAGGGAAUGUCGGAUAUGCACUACUGCUUUGUCCUCUCAAUACAGUUUGGUGAAGCCCUCUUGCGACGGCUGCAGCCAGUUUCUCUCAUCAUAUUGUCGGUCCUGAUUCUCAAUGAUGUGAUAUGUGUAGAUGAUCCUCCCCUUCUGGCUGGUACUGUCGACUAGUCAGGCGGGAUGUUGGCAGAUGGCAGGAGGACGA